AUGUUCCCUCCAUCCCAGGCCUUAGACCUGGAUAUCACUGCCAUCAGUGGCAUUUGCGGGUCAAUAUCAAUUGCAUGUUGGGUAGUCGUCUUCUCUCCUCAGAUUGUGGAGAAUUUCCGUCGAGGCUCAGCCGAUGGGUUGUCCCUCCAAUUCAUCAUCGUUUGGCUGGCCGGGGAUAUCUUCAACAUCCUCGGCGCCGUCCUUCAAGGCGUUUUGCCUACCAUGAUCAUUCUUGCCACCUACUACACGAUCGCCGAUAUCGUUCUCCUGGUCCAAUGCUUUUAUUAUAGAGGCUUUACCUGGCGGGAUGUGGUCCCAGAACCGAGGCCUGACACCAAUGGCUAUGGUGAAGCAACUGAAAGGACUGGUCUCCUUUUCCCACCUCAUGGAAUUGAAGACAGAGAACGCAGGGGAAGCAUCUGGUCCGACAUCUCCGUCGACCACCUCUCACCAGUCGUCCCCCUAAUCAACGCCCACAAACACCCCGAGCCCCUCGCAACCGCGCAUAAGAAACCGACCACUUUGCAAGCCGCCCUAUUCAACAUCUUCUCUAUCCUAAUGGUCUGCUCUGCCGGCGUCCUGGGGUGGUAUGUCAGCAACCGUUCGCAAGGGGGCCCGCAGCCACCCGAGCCCGACGGCGAGGAGCUCUCCCUCUCCCUCUGGGGCCAGAUCUUCGGCUACCUGUGCGCAGUUCUCUAUCUCGGGUCGCGCGUGCCGCAGAUCCUGCUCAACUACCGGCGCAAAUCGACCGAGGGCGUCUCCAUGCUCUUCUUCCUGUUCGCGUGCAUCGGGAACCUGACGUACGUGCUCUCGAUCUUCGCGUAUGAGCCGCAUUGUUCCGGAAAGCAUGGGGAGUGUGCUGACGGCGAGGCGGCGCGCAUCUAUGGUCGCUAUAUCUUGGUUAAUGCGUCUUGGUUGGUGGGGAGUAUGGGCACUUUGUUUUUGGAUAUGGGCAUUUUUUGCCAGUUUUUCUUGUAUAGAGAUGCGGCGAGUGAGGGUCUGGAGGAGGGGAUUGUGGAUGGAUCAAGAGCUCAGAGACCGUUGCUUGAAAGGGCAGAUGGGAGUUAUCAAUAA